AUAGAGCAGUAAAUCCAGAGGGGGAGAAGACCCCGAAGAGCUGAGACAACGCGGAGAUGGCGGGGUUUGAAUUCCACGGCGGAAGAAGCUCCGGUUACUAUGUCUGCUGCUUCGUAUUGCUGCUGCUACUUAUUGUUCAGAGCGUGAGUGGGGGAGGAGAAGGGGUGAUCAGAGUCAAUUACAAGUUUUCGGGUUCGGAGCGGACUCUGGCUGCCCUAAGCGCCCACGACGACAUGCGUCAUCUCCGAAUUCUCGCCGGCGUCGACCUCCCCAUCGGCGGCACCGGCCGCCCCGAUUCUGUCGGGCUUUACUAUGCCAAGAUUGGAAUUGGAACACCACCAUUGGAUUAUUAUGUGCAAGUGGAUACAGGAAGUGACAUAAUGUGGGUUAAUUGUAUUGGAUGCUCUGAGUGCCCCAGAAGAGGUUACCAUGGGCUGGAACUGAGCUUCUAUAAUCCAAAGGAUUCUGUUACUGGGGAAUUAGUUUUAUGCAAUCAGAAAUUCUGUAAGGACAUCACUAGUGGUUCAACGCCGAGUUGCUAUGGUAAUACAUCUUGUUAUUACACUGAACUGUACGGAGAUGGAAGUUAUAGCAUGGGCUACUUUGUAAGGGAUGUUGUACAGUAUGAUCAAGUCUCGGGUGAUCUUCAGACUAAAUCAUCAAAUGGAAGUGUUAUUUUUGGGUGUGGUGCUACACAAUCUGAUGAUCUGAGCUCCUCAGAUGAUGCACUUGAUGGGGUGAUUGGAUUUGGGAAAUCUAAUUCAUCCAUGAUUUCUCAGUUGGCUUCAUCUGGUAGAGUGAAAAAAAUGUUUGCACAUUGCCUAGAUGGCGUUAAUGGUGGAGGCAUUUUUGCCAUUGGGCAUGUUGUUCAACCAAAAGUAAACAUGACACCCUUGAUACCAAACCAGUCACAUUAUAAUGUCAACAUGACAGCUAUUGGGAUUGGCCGUGAAUUUCUGAACCUCUCAUCAUAUGUAUAUACACAUGGGGACAGUCAGGGAGCAAUAAUUGAUAGUGGAACAACUUUGGCUUAUCUUCCAGAAGUAAUCUAUGACCAACUAGUGAAAAAGAUACUCUCCUGGCAGCCUGAUUUGAAAUUACGUACUGUUAAUGACGAAUAUACAUGCUUUGAGUACUCUGACAGCGUUGAUGUUGGAUUUCCUCCAGUCACUUUAUAUUUUCAAAAUUCACUCACUUUAAAAGUUCUCCCUCAAGAAUACCUAUUCCCAUAUGAAGAUUUAUUUUGCAUCGGAUGGCAAAACAGUGGGGCACAAUCUCGGGAUAGAAGGAACAUCACACUUCUGGGAGACUUGGUACUUUCAAAUAAGCUAGUCCUCUAUGAUCUUGAAAGUCAGGCCAUUGGAUGGACAGAAUAUAACUGCUCAUCAAGCAUUGAAUUGAAGGAUGAGAUAACCGGGUCUGUACAUUUAGUUGGUGCUCAUUCUAUAUCAUGUGGUUGUGGUCUAGGUUUGAAGACAGCUCUAUUCUUAUUUUUGUUAAUAUCUUUACUACAAAACAUUGUCUACUGAAUUGGCAUAGGGAAACAUAAAAAGGAAUUUUGCAAAGAACUGUUACAGCAAUACAUUGGCUGUCAAAGUCAGAUAGAAGGAAUAGGUAUUAAACCCCACAAAGGUGGUUCUUGAUCCGUGUCAAUAGCAGACUAUCAAAAAAUAUAGUCCUCAUUUUUGUACUCUGUAAAUAAAGCUUUGUAAAUAUUAUGCUAAUUCAGCUUUUUCAAAAGAGCCACAUUGAUUACUCUCGAAAUUGGCGAACGUAUUUAUUA